GAAGUGAAGGGCGGUAAAUCAUUUGUCAAGUUAGGGUUUGUUGAUUUAAACCUUGCUGAGUACGCAGGAGCCAGUAAUAAAUCCAGAAGAUAUUUACUGGAAGGAUAUGAUUCUAAACAGAGACAAGAUAAUAGUAUCCUCAAGGUUACUAUAGGGAUGACUCUUCUGUCUGGUGAUCCUUGUUUUAAAGCUCCCGAUGUGAAAGAAUUAUUUCUUCCUGGUGAGCUCCCACAGGACGAAAGAAUGUAUGUGAGCGGAACUUACAAAUCAGAAGACUUUAAGAGUGGUGGUGGCAGUAUUGCGUCGUUUGGUAGCUCGGCUUCCAAACCAAAGACGAGACCCUGUGUCACCUCAUCCAGUUGGACAACUCCUGAACAUGAGGGCGCUGUAGGCGCAGAUGACUUAUUCACCAAAGGGCAUUCAAGAAGUUCAAGUUGUAACAGCCAACAUUCCAGGGGAGGAAGUACACAUUCCAGAUCUUCAAGCACCACAGAACCAUUCUCCAGUGGUACCAGCAUAAAUGACACCGAAUCAAGCAGGAAUUCAUGGACUGGUUCUACUGAGAGACGACGGAAGGAAGAUCAGAACCGACGAGUAGACUGUACAAGAAUUAACGCUGAUGAGUUAAUAGCGAAUUUAAUCAAACAACAGGACUUUACGGCUGAUAAUGAUAAUAAAUCGGGUGAUGAAGAAGGUCUUCAGUUAUUUAUAGCGAAAGAUGGUUCUACUGCCCUCGGUAGUCAGCAAAUAAAAAACAGAAUGACUGCCGGUGCUUUUGAAAAAGUUGUUAUAGAUAAGAGGUAGUGCUGCAUUUGUAGCUGUACUAUUCAACCUCCAUCCAUUGAUUCAUCCAGACCCAGACAGCUGCAUGUAGAGAGAAAUUUACAGAACACUAUUCCUGAAACAUCCAAUCAGAGAUUAGAAUUCACAUCUAAUCAGAGAUUCAAAUUCACAUCCAAUCAGAGAUUAGAAUUCACAUCCAAUCAGAGAUUAGAAUUCAUCUCAUUGUAUGAAAUGUGACAGUUUACUUGUAUUUCAGUCGAGUAUUCAUUUUUUGAUAGAUUUCCUUUUUGUAGAAUCUUGUAAAUAAUCAUGUUCUAUUUCUUACAAAUUUUCUAGUGACCCUCCAUUUUAAAAGAAUGUUUGGUUUCAAACCAUGUAAAUUCGGUACAUGUUUACUCACCAAACUAGAAACUUUCACACAUUUUUUGAUACCAGCAUUGUUCCAGUUUUCAGCUCCGGGGUUUUACUUUGAAAAACAUGACAAAAAUAACAUCACUUCCAAAAAAAAAAAAAGAAUCCUUCCAAAAUUUGUACGUCAACAUGAAUGGUCUACUGCAUAUUAUUUUUUCUUUGACAUAUUGGCACGGCGAUAUGCUUAAAAAUUCUAUUGACAAAAAUGGUAGUAUUUACCUGAAAGUAUUUCAUCAAACACUGAGACAGUUAAACUAACCUGA